AUGUCUAGAGCUCCUCCUGGCGGCGCAUCAUACCGGCCUUAUGGGGGUGGGCCGCAGGCGCCAUAUGGCGGCGGCGGCGGCGCUCAAGGAUACUCUCAAGGAUACUCUCAACCACAGCCAUCGCGACCUACCGAGAAGCCGGCCGGAGGCGGGCGGGUGGUGUCACUGCAAGUCGAGAAAGUUGCAGACAAGUCUUUGCAAGCAAGACUGAUCUACGGAAACGUGUGUGCUGUUUCUGCCGAAGACUUUCCUCCUAAACGCGAUGGCACAGACUACUACAUUCUCCUCCAUGCCGGCCAGCCACCUGGCGAAUUCGUCGUCACAGCGAAGCCUAUUCAAGGAUAUCCUCGAGGCUGUAUCAGUCUCUCCGACCCCCAACGCACAUGGUGUCGUGUUGCUAUGAGAGAUACUUUCACCGGAGAGGUGUUCGAUCCCUUUGCGUCUGGCAGCAAGGCAUAUUUGGGCUCUUUGGAUGUCGAGGUUGGGUUCGCUUCACCGACUAAAAGGAUAGACGGCCCGUACGACGAAGAUCACCUGGGCAAGAUCUUCAUCGAUACUUUUCAGAACCAGGUCCUCGCUCCCGGGCAGAGGAUUCUCAUGGACGUUCAAAACAUACCGCUUAUGAUCGUGGUCAAGACUGUUGGCCUCGUUGAUCUGUCCAUGGCAGAUGAAGGGGACAAGCAACAGACGCACAGGGAGGCUCACGCUAGGGGUAUUCUUACCAACCAAACUCGUGUCAUCUUCCAUCGCGAUUCCAAAGGGGAUUUCAAUCUUAAAGCCUCGGCUUCGAAGCCAAACCCAAAUUCAAUCCUUGCCCCGAAUUUCAAAUUUGAAGACAUGGGAAUUGGUGGUUUGGGUGGCGAAAUUUCGACCAUUUUCCGCCGUGCAUUCGCAUCCCGUGUCUUCCCACCUCAAAUGAUUGCCAUGAUGGGCAUUGAGCACGUCAGAGGAAUGCUUCUCUUCGGCCCUCCAGGAACAGGAAAAACAUUGAUUGCGAGAAAGAUUGGUCAGACCCUUAAUGCCAGGCCGCCAAAGGUCAUCAAUGGCCCCGAAGUGCUGAACAAAUAUGUCGGCCAGUCUGAAGAGAACAUCCGCAAGCUCUUUGCCGACGCUGAAAAGGAAUACAAAGAAAAGGGUGACGAGAGUGGCCUUCACAUUAUCAUCUUUGACGAGUUAGAUGCUGUCUGUAAGCAGCGUGGAUCUGGAACAGGCGGAGGUACUGGCGUCGGCGACAGCGUUGUCAACCAGCUUCUAUCCAAGUUGGAUGGUGUCGAUCAGCUCAACAACAUUCUCCUCAUCGGCAUGACCAACAGAAAAGAUCUGAUUGACGAGGCCCUCUUGAGGCCUGGUCGACUCGAAGUGCACGUCGAGAUCCCUCUGCCAAAUGAGGCAGGCCGACUCGAAAUCCUAAAUAUCCACACCGCAAAAGCGAGAGCCAACAGCAGAGUGGACGCCGAUGUCGACAUGGAGGAGCUGGCAGGCCUUACAAAGAACUUUUCAGGUGCUGAACUCAAUGGUCUUGUCAAAGCGGCGACUUCUUGUGCUCUGUCACGUCACACCGAACUGGGAACAAUGGCUCAAAUUCGAACAGACUCCCCGCCCCCAAUGAUUACUCGCGCAGACUUUCUAAGCGCUCUGAAUGAAGUUCAACCUGCCUUUGGAGUAUCCGAAUCCAAACUCACAGAGGCUACUGACUUGGGCAUAAUUCGAUAUGCUGAUCAUGUUGACGCCUCUAUCCGCAAGGUCAUGGGUAUCGCAGACCUGGUAAAGCUAGACCCUCAAAGGUUUCACUCUGCCGUGCUGUUUCAUGGCCCAAAAGGUUCUGGAAAGACAGCCCUGGCAGCGCACAUUGCCAAAGAAUCCGGAUUUCCGUUCAUUAAACUGGUGACUCCAGCUGACAUGGCGGGGUACCGGGACGAAUUUGGAAAGCGAGACUACAUCCACAAGGCAUUCGCAGAUGCUUACAAGUCAACUGCCAGCAUCAUAAUCUUGGACGAUUUUGAACGAUUGAUUGGCUGGAAUCCAAUCGGCCCACGAUUCUCUAACUCUAUACUGGAUCUUCUGACGGUGCUGAUCGCCGCAAGGCCUCCAAAGGGACAUCGCCUUCUCGUCUUCGUUACAACAUCACAGUAUUGGACGAUGAAAGAUCUGGAUGCUUUACGGGAUUUUGGUACAAUGAUAGAGGUUCCAGCCGUCUCGAAUCUAGAUGAACUGCAAGUAGUGUUGAGAGAAUCACCUGCUUUAGAUAAUGCCAGCGCGGACCAAACGAUUAACAUGCUCAAGAAUAAUCGUAUGGAAUCGGUAGCGGUGGGUAUAAAGUCGAUCUUAAAUCGCACUUUCGAAGCUCGAUACCAAGGCUCCAGUGGCAACCAGGUGGAGACGCUGGUAGAGCUCCUAGCUGCAGAGAUAGAACGUAAAUAG